AUGGGUCACUCCACCGACCAAGUCGACAUUCUCCCAGAGGGACAGAAGCCCACGCUCGAGCAGCUCGAGAAUGCCCCUCCCUACCCCAAGGGUGACGGACCGGGCUAUGCCUACGUCGAGGGCACGCCCGAGGAGCGCCGUCUGCUCCGCAAGAUCGACCUGCACAUCCUCCCCAUGCUCUGGGUCAUGUACAUUAUGAACUACCUUGACCGCACCAACAUUGGAAACGCCAAGACUGGCGGUAUGCAGGCGGACCUGAACCUCACGGCCUCUGAAUACUCGCUGGUGCUCUCCAUUUUCUUUGUGGGAUACCUCCUCUGGGAGGUUCCCAGCAACAUGAUGCUUGCCCGCAGCCGCCCCUCGAUCUUCUUGCCCACCAUCAUGUUCAUCUGGGGAGCCAUGUCCAUUGGCGCCAAGGGAAUCAACUCGCUCGGCGGCAUGGUCGCCUUCCGCUUCGUCCUCGGUCUCGUGGAGGCUGGUUUCUUCCCCGGUGUCAUGCUUCUCAUGUCCUGCUGGUACAAGCCGGCCGAGCUGUCCAAGCGCAUCGCUCUUUUCUACACCGCAUCCCUCAUGGCCGGCGCCUUUGGCGGUUUACUGGCGGGCGGAGUGAUCUCUGGUCUUGAGGGCAAGGGCGGCACUCGUGGCUGGAAGUGGCUGUUCAUCAUCGAAGGUCUCAUGACUGUGGUGUGCGCUAGCAUCUCCUUCUUCAUCCUUCCCAACUACCCCGCCACCACCAAGUGGCUCUCUGAGGAGGAGCGCCGCCUCGCCACUGCCCGUCUCCUCUCCGCCGAGGCCUCGGAGGACGAGGAGCCUCACAUGGGCCACUGGCAGGCCUUCAAGGAGGCCGCCAAGGACCCCAAGACCUGGGUCUUUGUCCUCGUCUACAACCUCCUCAACAUGGUCGGCACCAUCUCGUACUUCUUCCCCACCCUCAUGACCUCGCUCGGCUACAAGGGUCGUGACGCUCAGUUUAUGACCGUGCCCAUCUAUGCCGUCGCCCUUGUCAUCUCUGUCACUGGUGGAUUCGUCGCGGACAGGACCAAGCAGAAGGCAUUCGUCGUCAUGGCCGCCUGUGCGCUCGCCACGGUCUCGUUCAUCAUCGUGGCUGCCGUCGACACCAGCAAGGUCCGCUAUGCCUUCCUCUGCUUCGGUGGAGCCGGUAUUUGGACCGCUGUUCCCGUCUUCCUUAGCUGGAUGGUUACAAUGUUUGAUGGUAGAGAAAAGCGCGCUGUCUCCAUUGCUCUGAUCAAUGGCUUUGGUAACCUGGCGAGCGUGUACGGUUCGUUCUUCUGGGACACUCCCCCCCACUACAUCAAGGGCUUCUCCCUCACCACUGCGUUCUGUGGCUGCGCGCUGGCCGUUACUGCCUUCGCCAAGUGGAAGUACAACGACAAGGGUGUGCAGAGGACCUCCUAA